CUAAUCCUGUAAGGGAAUUUUCACGUUUUUUUAAUAACCCUGGCCACUGAGGAUUAUCAUUGGUUAUACAUAACCUUACACUGGGUCUAUCUCAAUGGGUAAACAAAGGAUUUUCUUUAGGGUGUUUUUACUCAAAUCUGGCUUAAUAUGUUGAAAAAUGAGUGAAAAUUUAGUUAACUGUAAUUUCAAGGGUAAAUGGCUCUUUAACGAAUAUUUAAGGAAUGAAGAUGUUCAUAGCAGUGGCGCAUUUUUCGAGUUUGUAGCCGAAGAUGAAACAUGCAUAAUAACGAGACCCCGAUGUUUCUCUGCAGAAAUUGUUCAGUGAAAGCACAGAAAGCGCAUCAAGGUAUCACUUAGUAGCAAAAAAAACCGACUUUACAAAAAAAAAUAUAAUUCGGGGACAACGAAUGAAGGCGGUCAACCAGCCAUUAAAUUGACAUUGGCCAAUAACUGUCGAAAUAUCGUUUUCAUUUUCUAAAAGAUGCGUGGGACUGAAACUUGUCAUAGGCAUUAUAAGUAUUAUAUCUCUGUUUUAAAAAUGCACGUGAUUCAUUCCUGUAACCAAUUGCUUUAUAUUCGCAAAUUAUUACCAAGACAUAAAUAAUACUGCAAACAGCGACACCUCUCGUGUAUUUUGUUACUCUUGUAGUGUGUGUGGGAAAUGUAUGUAUUGUGAUAGAAACUCUCAACUGGGUUCGGAAUGAACGUAGGAUUUACAAUGACCUCGUUAAAAUUUUUCUGGAUCUGCAAUUGAACCAGCACUGUCACUUGUCAUUACGACAAUUCUUAACAAGAUAUACCUUUUCAAUAGCAUGCCAUCUGUCACGACAAUUUGUUUGGUUGUCUGAAGCAGACAACGUUCAAGCCUCAUUCUUUUACUUGGUAUAUUAUAAUUAUUUAACUCACCUCGGGAAUUUUUCAAGGUAUAGAGUAACGGUAUUUUUUUAGGCAUGAGGUUUAGUUUACAGUCAUUUGAAACUGCUCGUUCCCGGCCCCAAUCGUCAAAUAACAGUCUCGUCAGAGACAAUGAAAAACCUAACACUAUCGGUUCGAAAGUAGAAUAAAUGUGAUGGCCUAAAUUUAAAUGUUCUUCUUACAAUACAAGGAAACGCAGAGCCAACAAACUAUUUAAGUCCAGUCUUACUGACUGAUGUCCCAGAUCAUCGGAUAACAUUCGACAACUGACAAUACAAGCUUCAUCAUGCAGUCUUCAGCUUUGAUGUUAUGCAUCGCCAUAGCCAUAGCAGUAGCUUUCUCAGCAAGUUUCUGCGAAGCGGUGACAGUUGAGCAGCUUCCCGAUUACUGCGAUGAAUACAGCCCCCCGCGUUGCUUCAAGAUUCUAAGGCCAGUGUGUGCCAGCAACGGCAAGACAUACAACAACCUGUGCUUGAUGUGCGGAGCCAUCUUGAGGGGCAACGUGCCGACUGAUGCAACCUACCACGAAGGGCUCUGUUCCGGUCACCGUGGGCCACAUCACUAACAGGAUGGCUGAAUUAAACUCGACCAAACACAUUGGUGCAGUAAUAAGCAGCUACAUUCUGAGCAGUAGCCUACAAUAAUUUGUUGUGUCCCUUAAACUUUCAUUAAAAGUCUAUUUCUCCGUCAAAAGAAUCUUUAGGAGAUGUUUCACGGACAGUUACAUGGGGCUUAAGACUAAUCCUGUAAGGGUAUUUUCACGGUUUUUUUUAAUGACCCUGGCCACUGAGGAUUAUCAUUGGUUAUACAUAACG